AUGUCUUCAACAGUAUCAGCCAAGCAGUUGAAAACUCUGCCUUCACCUUCACUUCCUGCUUGGGAAAAGCUUCAAGGUGAAGCUUCCCAAGUUAACACGGUAAUUACGUUCUGCAUUGGUGGCGGUAUCCUUUUGGCUGUGCUUGUGCUGAUGGCUGCUGUCAUCUGUCUUUACUACAAAGUAGCCAACGCAUUGAAAGUUCCAAAGGUACCUAUUUCUUCAGCCUUAAAAGAUGAUCCAGACAUGGUCACCCAGGACAGGGUCACUGCGGCCAUCACCACUGGGUCUUAUCCCAGCCUCCAGUGCUGUGAUGAAUGUAACUUGUAUGCUGGCUUUGAUGCCCUGCCACCGUGCUUCUGUGAUGCAAACGAGGGACUCUGACUUGGGUUUCCUGUAAUGUUUUGAAG